AAUGCUACAAAAGUCAGCUUUGACAUGACAUAGCCUAAUAUCAAACUUUUUUCUUAACUGCUAAUAUAAGACAUGAAAGAAAUAAUGUUAUUUGAUCAUUAUGGAUUUGAUUGCAGCUAUACUCUUUUAUAACUCUGAUCAGUUAUCUGGAACUAGGCUCAAGGUGCAGAUGUUCACGACAACAUUCAAUAUAUCUCUGUAUAAGUAUAUACUUUGCCAAAGUUGGAUUUCAUUUGACUCAGACUUUGCAGUCCGUUGAAAUGACUGGUAUCCUGCAACAGAAAUCUGUUCUUCUUCCCCAGAUGGACGGACUGUCCCUUCAGGCUCCGCUCAGACCCCUUAGGCUUUUGGUUGUCUAUUUUCUCCUAAUACAUUCUUGUAGAGGUCAGUCUCUGUUAAUCGGUCCAUCUCAGCCAAUAGUGGUAAAAGUUGGCGAUGACAUCAUUUUGCCAUGUCACCUGGAACCUGCAGUGGAUGUUGCUGCCAAGACAUUGGAGUGGAAGAGAUCUGACUCUGAAUUUGUCUAUGUGUGGCGUGAUGGGCAGGACCUCACAGAUACUAAGCAUCCAUCUUACAAGGAACGAACAUUGCUUUUUCCUGAUGAACUGAAGAGAGGAAACAUGUCACUGAAACUGUCCAAAGUGAAACUCUCUGACCAGGGACGAUAUGAAUGCUACAUUCCAGACCUGAACAAACAAUCUUUCAUUGAGCUUGUUGUUGGUCAGUCUCAGUUAAUUGGUCCUUCUCAGCCAAUAGUAGCAACAGUUGGCAAUGACGUCAUUUUACCAUGUAGCCUGGAACCGACAGAGGAUGUUGCUGCCAAGACGUUGGAGUGGACGAGAUCUGACUUAAAUCCUAUAUUUGUCCUUCUGCGGCAUGCUGGUCAGAACUUCGUACAAACUAAACAUCCAUCUUUCGAAGGACGGACACGGCUGUUUUUUGAUGAGCUGAAACACGGAAACAUUUCACUGAAACUGUCCAAAGUGAAACCUUCUGAUGCAGGGAGAUACAAAUGCUACAUUCCAAAGCUGAAUACAGAGUCUUUUGUUGAACUUGUUGUUGCAUCAGGUGCCGUUUCCUCACCAGUCAUCAGUUUAGCAGGAAUUGAUGAAGCCACCAGAGGAGUGGUUCUACAGUGUGAGUCUAAAGGCUGGUAUCCAGAGCCUGAGGUGUUGUGGCUGGACGGUGAGGGAAACCUCCUCUCUGCUGGACCUACAGAGACAGUCAGAGGUCCUGAUGAUCUCUAUACUGUCAGCAGCAGAGUGACUGUGGAGAAGAGACACAGCAACAGCUUCACCUGUAGAGUCCAGCAGAAGGACACCAACCAGACCAGGGAGACAGAAAUCCAUGUUCCAGAUGAUUUCUUUGCGAUCCAGUCCAGUUCUUCUUCCAUCAUCACUGGCUUGGCUGUUAGUUUGGCUGUUUGCAUCAUCCUGUUUAUUCUGUUACUCUUCUCUGUAUGGAAAUGGAGACAAAACAAAACCAACUCGAAGCUAAGCCGCAGGGAUGAAACUGAUAAAGAAGAAAACAGAACUAAUGAUCCAGAAGAAGCCGAGGCUUUGACAGGAGAAAAGUUGGAGGAAAAAGCUGCCCGGUCUCUGUUCGGGUUGAAGAUUGUUAACAAGCGGACACUCAAGGAAGAGCAGCAGAAGAGGGAGGAAGCUGUCCAGAAGCUUGAAGAGGAGAAGCAGAGGAGUGAGAAUGAGCGGGAGCAGCUGCAAAAGGAGCUGGAGGACAAGAUAAAAAAGCUCCAGGAGGAACAGCAGAGGAGGGAGGAAGCUGAGAGAGAAGUUCAGACUCUGAAAGAGGAGCUGGACACCAAGAAGAAGGAGUCUGAAAGUAAACUAGCUGAAGUCCAGCAGCAGCUCAACGAUGAAAAGAAGAAACAUGAGGUUGAACAGCAGGGUCUUCAUCAAAAGAUGAAGGAUGACAUGCAGGCCAAGAACCAGGAGGUAAAUCAACUAUCAGCUGAAUUGAAGGAGCUCAAAGAGGAGAAGCAGGACCUGGAGGACAAGGUAAAUCAACUAUCAACUGAUUUGAAGAAGCUUGAAGAGGAGAAGAAGAAGAGUGAGAAGGAGCAGCAGCACCUGCAAAAGGAGCUGAAGGACAAGAUAACAGAGGUAAAUAAACUAUCAGCUGAAGUGAAGAAGCUUGAAGAGGAGAAGCAGAGGAGUGUGACCAAGCAGGAUCAGGUGCAAGAUGAAAUGGCCACAAAGAAAGUUGACGGAAAGAUGAAUUCUGAUGUGGAAACAUGAAAACACCAAGUCAUAUACAUCUGAAAGGUGGUAACUUUCAUCUCUGUAUAUAAUUUUAUUUGGAAUCACCUAAAUGAGUGAGACCUGUUGUGUGAAUAUCAAAUCCAAAUUGUUUUUGUGGUGCAUUGAACAGAUUGCAAAAUGUUUUGUUCAUAAUGUGGUGGAAAAUCCAGUGCUGCAGCUCAGUUUUUUUUUUAUAAAGCAUUGCUUUUGUUGUAUUACUACAUAAGUUUUACAGAAAACACUUCAUAAUUAAGGCACAAUAUCAUUUUCAAUCUCAAAACUCACAAAAUGUCAAAACUCAAUUGGUAUUAAGACUAAGAAAUAAAUCAAUAUAUCAUAAUCAAAAUGUGUUUAUGUUAAAUGUCUUGUCCUCUGGAACAAUAAUACAUAUUGACAGUAGUCAAUUCACUGUUUUUUUCUUGACACUAAAUCAAUUGUUUGUUAUUCUAUGUUUUGUAUUGUUUUAAUUCCAUUUAUACUUUCAAUGUAGAAUUCCAUACUCCAUUUUCUGUCAUAAAGAGAUGACAGGAUUUUCAAGAGUUCAUAUGCUGAUGUACAUUUUUGACAAUAUUUGCUUUGAGAAAUAUCAUCUUUCUGGUUGUUGUUUUUUCCUGUUGGUUACA